GGAGCGGCUUGGGAUGCUCACUCGGGAUCCCCACAUCAGCCUCCUCUUCCUCGGUCCUUCUGUCUCCUUGGCAUCAAAAGCAAGAUGAACUCCUCCGUGAUGAUCGCUCUCCUCUUGGCCUCGGCCACCAUCUCCACCCAGGGCCAGGUCCACUCCGCAGAUCCCGGUCUUUGCUGCUUCGCCUACUACAAGAAGCCGGUCCCGCUGAAGAACAUACGCUCCUUCGAGUACGCAAGCCACAAGUGCCACAUCCCCGCCAUCAUAUUCCACACCAUUGUCAGGAAGCGGAUCUGUGCCGACCCCCAGGAUCAAUGGGCACAGCAGCGCAUUGCCGCACUCUCUGCAAACCGAACCCUUCCCUGACCCUCCGGGAAGCCUUCUUCAGCCAAAGGAAGUCUGCAAACACCGGCAGAGCUUCUGGGACGCAGGACAGAGAGGGAAAGGGGCGCGCAGGACAGCCGCCCGCACCGUUGCACAUUCAUAACUUAAGAUGUUUUUCUUUGAACCAAAUAAUGUAUUGUAUUUAAAUUAUUGUAUUCUAAGCCAUUAUGGGUAUUGUAUUUGUCUUAAUUUAAAAGGAAGCGGAAUAAAUAAAUCUCAGGGCAAAAGGA